CUCGGCGACGUCGUCGUCUCCUGGAACGUCGGCCUCCGAGGCUUGCGUCCGCUGUGCGACGCCAACCGCGGCGCGGCGACCGCGCCUCCCGACGCGCACGGCGUGUCGCGCCCGCUCGGGUUCGGCAGCGCCGCGAACCUCCUCGCGUCGCUCGGAUCGCGCGCGGACAACAUCCGCGUCGUGUGCCUGCAGGAGACCAAGCUCGGCGGCGGCGGCGCGUCCGAGCCGCGCGCGGCGCUCGACGCGCGGCUCGCGUGCCCGGACGGGUGGGACAGCGUGCACGCGGUGACGCGCGAUCCGAAGAAGGCCGCGGGGUACGCCGGCGUGGCGACGUACUGGCGACGCGCGGACACGGCCGUCGUCGCCGCGGAGGUGGGCGUCACCGGCGUGAACGCCGACGGCGAACGCGGCGGCGUCGGGUGCUACGGCGCGAUGCGCGAGCUGUUCACGAGGGCGCGCGCGGCUGAACUCGACGCGGAGGGUCGAUGCGUUUUGGUCGACUUCGGCGGGUUCGUUCUCGUCAACGUCUACGUCCCCGCGACGACCGGCGGCUCCGGGUCCGAGGACGUUGACAUCGCCAGGGACGCGUUCAAGCGCGACUUCCUCCUCGCGGUGGAGACGCGCGUCGACGCGCUCGUGGACGCGGGGCGGAGGGUCGUCGCGUGCGGCGAUUGGAACGUCGCGCGCGGAACGAUGGACGCCGCCGCCGCGCGGACUUCGACGGGCACGACGGGUUCGAAACUCGGUUCGAGCUCGGCGGCGCGCGAGCGCGAGUUCGUUCGCGCGUGCCCGCACCGCGCGUGGCUGGACCGGCAGCUCCAGCGCGACGACGGCGGCGGCGACGACGACGACGCGGACGGCGGCGGAAGAAGACGACCCCGGUUGAUCGACGCGCGGCGUUACCCGAAGACGUCGGACGCGUUCACGUGCUGGCACGUCGCGAGCGGCGCGCAACUCACAAACUACGGCGCGCGCAUCGACGCGUUCUACGUCGACGAGGCGACGCACGCGCGCGUCCAUCGCGUUGGGAUCGCGAGGGAGCACCCGGGGUCGGACCACGCGCCCGUGUUUCUCGCGUUCGACCGCGGCGGCGACGGCGAUUUCGAGUUGUUCAAGGCGAUCGACGCGGCCGGCGACGUCGGCCCGCCGGCGAUCGCGAGCAGCGUCGCGCUGCGUCGGAACGGCGGCACGCAGCGGACGCUGAAGGACGGUUUCAAGGCGAUCGACGCGAGCAGCGGCGGCGGCGUUGGGGGGCGAAUGCCCGCGGCGAUGGCGACGGCGACGCCCGCGGGCGGCGGCGGCGCGCAGCUGUCGAACGCGGGGCAGGGCGGCGCGAAGAGGAAACGGCCGGCUGCGGGCGCGGAUUCGAAUUCGAUUCGCGCGUUCUUCGAGCCGAAACCACCGCCGGCGCCUCCUCGCGACCGGAACGAGCCGUCGUCGGCGCGCGCGGCGUCGGUCGUUCACGGCGUCGACGCGCCGGGCCCUCCGCCGGCGGCGACGCCGACGGCGGCGGACGAUACGGUCAACGCGUGGAAGCGUAUCCACGACCGGAUGGCGCCGCCGAAGUGUCGCGGGCACGGCGAGACGUGUAAAGUCCGCUCGGUCAAAAAGAAAGAGUCCGCGAACUUCGGGAGGACGUUCUUCUGUUGCCCGCGACCCGCGGGCGCGAGAGGGAACAAAGACGCGGACUGCGGGUUCUUCCAGUGGGCGGCUGGGCGUUGA